UUUGUGUUGAUGUCCCGCCCCCUUUCUGUCCUGCGUUGUGAUUGGCUGAAUUUGUUUGGUGAUAAGGUAUAAAUGGCUUGUUCAAAGUUUAGACUUGGUCUUGCUUUUUGCAGAACUGAGGAGAGGAGCUGUGUUUGCAUUUGCAAGGCUUAGAGACAGUGUGAGAGAGAUUUUUUCAACCCCUUUCAAGGUUUUGAACUACGUGAUUUUUGUUCUCCUUACGAUGCCACGCGGGAAGGGCUACCGUCGUUCUCAGGCUGCCAAGAGGAGAUGGGCAGGUGAACGACCAUUCGAUGUGGACCUUCUGCCACCAGGUCCUGAGUUUGUUCCACGCCGUGGUACAGGGAAACGUCGUCGUGUGAAAGAGUGGGACAGGUCGGUGUCUGGAAAGCAACACAAGCUGGUGGUUCCUGCUCAUUCUCCCGAGAAGAAGUUCGUCCUUCUCGUGGGGGAUUCACAUCUGCGUCCCUUUGCUGAUGGAACUGUCGGGCUUUCGAAGGGAAACCUUUCCUUUGGCAUCAUGUCGACCCCAGGGGCGAGCGCGUGUCAUCUGAGGGCCGAGCUGAUCCAUGCAGUGCUGCCGAGGACACCUGACGCAGUGUGCAUCUUGGCCCCCGGCAACAACCUGACGACCAGCAGUACCCACGAGGUGGCCGGAGAAGAGUUCCGGGAGCUUUUGCUCAGUGCUUGUCAGCGUUGUGCAAAUGUGUUUGUGGUGGACUUUGUUCCACGUCUGACCGUUGCACCAGAACUGCAGGAGCACAUGAGCCGGGAGUUUCAUUCUGUGGCGCAGAAAAUGGGUAUGUUUCGAGUUCACUUGAGCGACGACGAUGGCAUGGAGAUUCUUUCCAAGGUGCUGUGGGACGCUGCCUACAAGCAACUGGAGGUGCCAGCACCAAAGGCGAAGGAGGCUCCCAGAACACCGUCCCCAGUUCCAAGGACCCCUCCAAGGUUGCUCGUGAAGGAAGAGGUCUUCGCUGCUCCCCCUUCGUCUCCCCCCCCAGACCCGUAUGUCUGGAUGGAAAUGGUGAAGGGCAAGAAGAGGAUCCAAUCUGAGGGACAGCUCUGUAGUCCAUCAAAACGGCGCGUGGUUCGGCAUCAGGUGGAUGGAUGUCCAAUUGUGCUGAAGGAGUGUUUCAUCCCACUGAAUCCUGUCCUGUUCAGCACUUCCAUGUUGGCUGCAAUGGAUGCUGUGGUUCCAGCACAACUUCCGAGCCCUGACAGCCCAGCUGUUCCACAAGACGCAACGACACCAAGCGUGGAGCCAAGAGUGAAGCGUGUCGCCUGCAAGAGGAGACUUGCAAUGUGCCAGGUCAAGGCGUCACCCAGUGUUGAGGAGGCGUCUCCCAGGCCGACAUCUGCCAAUGUUGUGGUUGGAGAGGAGGAGGUGGAUGCAACUCCAAGUGCUGUGACCGUGUCCUCAGAGCCAUCAUCUACCACUGCUGUGGAAGAGGUUGCAACGGAGGAGGGGGAUGCAACUCCAGGUGCUGUGGGAGAGGUUGUGGUGGAGGAGGUCAGCAGGUCAGGUCCUCCUAUCCAGCCCCCAUCAAGAUUCAUCAAAAUGCAUAUCCAAGAUCUUAAGAGGUCUUUGGGUGCAGAGUGGUGUCUCAUUAGCAGGUUGUCUGUGAAGGCAGAUUCUGACAUUGACAGUGCUACAUUGCUGACAGAUGUAGCUGUUGAUGGCACAGUUGCAACUGCAGCUGUAGUCGAGGGUGGCAGUCCGCAGAGUAGUGCAAGUUCUGUCAGGGGAUCUUUCCAUCAGGCAGAUUCUCGGUUUCAACACGCUGGAGUUCAGUGUAUGGCUAUCAGUUUGGUAGCUGUAGCAAAACACUCAAUUGAAAGUGUGUUUUCGUGGCAGGCUGGCAAUCUGGACAAGGUUGUUGUUUUGGGGGAUAAUCUUUACAAUACGUUGAGGGACAGCAAUGUCACCAGUGAGGUUUCGAAACUGCUUAGUGUUCCUGAUUUGCCCAAACAGGCUGUUAUCGAUGGACAAACGUUUGACUUUCAGUAUGAGGAUUGCGUUUCCGGAUUUGUUAAUGAAGUGACAAGUGAUCUGAUAAAAGCUGGUGUAACGACCAGUCUCAGAUCUGGAUUAGAGAAGAUGUUUAGUAAAUAUGACACAUGUUUUCUGACAUUGGGUGGAAAUACGUGCGCAGUCAUCAGUCAAGGUGGUCGUUUUGCUGUGGUUGAUUCGCAUGCGCGCAGUGCAGAUGGGAUGGUGGAUGGGGAAGGGAAAAGUGUUGUUGUGCGUUUCACUUGCCUUGAUGAUGUUUUUGAGCACAUGUGCAAAUUCGCAACAGCAUUUAAACGGCCCAAACAGUUUGAGAUUGCUAGUGUUUGUGUGAUCCCCAGACGUCCAGUUCCACCCGUUAAUUCAUUCUCCAGUCCAAAGGUACUAGUAGAAAGCAGGGGAAGUCAGUCGGGCUGUGGUUUACCUGUUCAGCCAACAGUUGGCUGCACAAGUAUUAAGCGCAAAAGAUCAAGCGGUGGGUUUUCAUCAAAGAAGGCAAAAAACAGUGAUUAUGCUGCAGUUGAUUCAGAUGUUGUUUUUGUAGCUGAUGUUGUGAGUGAAGGGCUCCAGUUUAAUCCACUUUGUGGGGUAGUUGUAGACACUCUGUGCAAACAGUUAAAUGUUGAGUCAGAGAAAGAAGAUUUAGUUUCGACAGAAGUUGGUCUGUUGGGUGCUCCUUGUCUGAAGGAGAAAAUAGUUGGGGAUGGUAACUGUUUCUUUAGAGCAGUUAGUCAGGCUGUGUGUGGUACACAGAAGCAUCACAGAAAAAUCAGGCUUGCUGUUGUAAAGCAUUUGAAAGCCAAUGGUGGUGCUUUAAGACCUGAGUAUUCUUCAAUGGGGGAAUAUCUCACAAUGUCAAAAAUGGCCUAUGUCGGUAGUUGGGCCACAGAAGUAGAGAUUCAAGCAGCAGCAGAUUUUUUCGGAGUAAGUAUAUUCACUUAUUGUGAUGGCCGCUGGCUUGAAUACAGUUGUAAGUCCAAGUUGUUGUCAAAUCAGGGGAUUUAUUUAGAAAAUUGCAAUGGAAAUCAUUAUGAGAGUGUUGUCUGUGUUCAGCAGCCAAACAUGCAGUGUUGCUAUGGGUAUUGCAAAGUGGGUGGGUCUAGGUACAAUUUGAGAAAACAAGGUGUUGUUUGUGCAGACAAUUUAACUUCGGUUGCAUCCUCAAUUUGUGAAGCUGAAGUAGGCAUUGUUGAACAAAAUGCCCAAUCCAUACGUAAGUUGUCUCUGUCUAACUAUUUAGUAAAAAAAAAUAAUUUACAAAGAAGAAUAAAAUAUCAGCAAAACAGGCAAGAAUUUCUAGAAAAGAUGAAAAUGAAUUAUCAGGGAGAAAAUGGGUACAAGGAAAAAUUGAAUGAAAUGAGUAAAGCUAAAUAUCGUAAAAAUAAGUCUCACAGGGACACAGUAAAGGAAAUGAGUAAAACUAAAUAUCGUAAAAAUAAGUCUCACAGGGACACAGUGAAGGAAAUGAGUAAAACUAAAUAUCGUAAAAAUAAGUCUCACAGGGACACAGUAAGGAAAUAG